AUGGCCGCCCACACUCUCUGGCAAUAUGCUCGCCUCAAACUAAUCGUCACCCUCGUCCGUCUCCUCAACCACCUGGGCACACGUCCUCACUUUAAACCCUCCCCAACAUGCAACCGCAAACUCAGCCGUAUUCCAUCGCGCAAUCUAAACCAGUUCAUCGAUGCAUGGUUGUAUUACCCUCCCAAUCAUAACCCGUCUGAAAAGUAUGGCGUUGUGAUCAACUGGCAUGGAGGCGGCUGCAUGCUUCCUAACCUGGGCAUGGACCAUGACUUUUGCGAAAGAAUAGCCACAGGGAGCAACGUUCUUGUUCUGGAUGUCGAUUAUCGCAAAGCGCCAGAGUAUCCAUAUCCUGCUGCUCUUGAAGAUGCUGAGGAUACGCUGAGAUGGGUUAAGAGCCAGGGGCAUCAAUUCGAUCUUGAUCAUGUUGCCUUGUCAGGAUUCAGUUCAGGCGGAAACCUGGCGCUAGUCGCUUCUUCAGAACUCCGACGCGACUUCAAGAUCAAUAUCCGGGCAGUGUACGCCUUCUAUCCCGGUGUAGACUUCACCAUCCCACCGGAACAAAAGAUCGUCGCUGAACCGAUCCGUCCGUUGCCAUUCUGGUUUCAGAAUCUCAUCACAGAAGCAUAUCUCCCUAAGAUUGAAGAUCGCAAGUCGCCCAAAGCUUCACCGAUGUAUGCUGAUCCGACAUCCUUCCCUGAAAAGGUCGUGUUGUUUGUUUGCUCGGGGGAUGUCUUGUCGCCAGAGGCCGAAGCUUUCGGGAAGAUGCUGCAAAGCGCGGGGCGGGAUGCGGAAGUCGUCAAAGUUGAAGGGGCGCAUGGGUUUGACAAAGCAUCUAGCCGUCAGCUCUUCCAGCCUGAUGCGAGGGAUUUUGCUUACGGCAAGGUGGUUGAUAGCUUGAAAGAUGUUCUGUAG